ACUUGUUCAAGCGAGACUUGCCGAUAGUGUGAAUGCUGUGGACUGUGAAACACGAUGAGCUUUACGAGUUGAAUUCGACGUUCUUACCCUUGCCACUUUUACCGUGGACGUCAACAUGAGUCAAGACUCGGGGGCUCAGGUUCAGAGCGCCGAGGUCGAGCUCGAAGACGGAGAAAUCUGCGACGACGACGGCGAGGACACCACCACCGCCGCCCGACGGGGGGAAGGGAGCAGCAGGCCCUGCAGUGGGCCUCCACGGGUCCCAAUGUUACCUUACAUGGAAAACCCAGUGUCAGACUACCGCCGCAUGAUGCCUUACGACGUCCACGGACCGCCGAAACAGAGACAGCAAUGUGGGCCGAGCGGGCCGGACCGGCCGCACGGUCCCACACAGCCGCCGCCGGGCCUUGCUCCUAUGUGUGGGCCCGGUCCACGGCCCAGUUUCUGGGAGCGGAGCCAUGGCGCCCUGGGGAGGUUCAGACACCGUGCCAUGCCCAACGGAGGACGCGGGGCCUGGCACCGAGGCGGCUGGGCGGGUGGUGGCCCCAGAGCCCAGCUGGAUCGGUACGGACCUGGAGAGAAUAACAACAGGAAACAAAAGCAAUUCUGGAGAAACAUGGUCCGAAGAGCGCCACUCGGUACGGCCAAAGGCGAUGGCGGCCUCGAAGAGUCCUUUGAGGACCUGUUGUCCAAGUACAAGCAGAUUCAGCUGGAGCUGGAGUGCAUCCGUAAGGAGGAGAGCAUGGCGCUGAAAGCCACAGUUCAGGAUGGGAAGGCCAAAGGUCAGGAUGCGGAGGCCAAAGGUCAGGAUGCGCAGACCAAAAGUCCAGGCGUCAUGGCCAAAAGUGAGAGCACGGACUGCUGCCUACCUGUGAAAUCUGUGAAUGUUACUGAUGCGCACAGCGAGGGUUCUUCGAAAAAUAAAAAAAGCUUCCAGUCAUUCAACAUCAAACCACUACGAGCCAAACUGCCCGUGCCGGUCAGUCUGGACCAUAGCAUCCAGGCGGAGGAGACAGGGACACAAGCAGACAUGGAGCAUAAGCCGGAAAAAGAGCCGGAGGUGGCGGCGUCAUGCGUUUGCUGCGAUGAAGAAUUAAAGCAUGAUGAGAAAACCUCAGGCAGAGUAUCACCUGCCUCUAGUGAAGACGUCUACAUCUGCCUGGAUGAGCUGGGGGACCAGAUGGAGGAGGAGGACAUGUCGGAGCUCCAACUACGUCUCCUCGCCCUGCAGUCGGCUAGCAAAAAGUGGCAGCAGAAGGAGCAGCAGGUGAUGAAGAAGACUCGAGAGCCUGUGUCCAAAGCUAUGUCCAAAGCGACCACACCUGGCAGGCUGAGGAUCACGACUAGAUCAGUGGCAGCCGCUGACAGGAACAGACCCCGGUCCAAGCCUCAGGAUAGAGAACGGGACAAAGCCAAGGCAGGCACAAGGCCCCCAGAGAGGGACCGGCCAAAGCAGAGUCCCAAAUCUGGAGGAAAAACUCCUCCAGAUAGAGGCAGAGCUGCUGCCAAAACACCUGUGUCCAAGAAGAUGACAGGCCCAGGCUCGGGGAUCAAGCCGUCUUUCAGGAAGCAGCAGCAGCUGCGCUCGCGGGAGAUACAGGUAGACGACGAGUGUUACAAACGAGAGGAUGAAAUCCGCAGAAUCCGGGACUUGUCCAACCAGGACGAGCAGUACAAGCGCUUUAUGAAGCUGGUGGGUGGGAAGAUGCACAGCAGUGUCAAGACCAGGGAUGGAGAACUCAGGAAGUCUGCUGGAAAACUGAGCCUGGACGCCACAGGAAAUCUUUACCAGUACGACAACUAUGACGAGGUUGCUAUGGACACGGACAGUGAGGCUGGUUCCCCAGCACGUCCUCUGUUUCCUGUAGAAGAGCCCGCCUUUGUGACGCCCUUCACCUCUACCUCAAUGCCUGCCGGGAUUCCUCCGCCGCCACCCUUACCCCCUCCUGCUAGUGAGCAGGUGCCCCCUCCCAAGCCUCCGUUCGCUGAUCAGGAAGAGGAGGAGGAGAUGCUGCUUAGGGAGACCUGUCUGAUGUCCAUGGCCACCAAACGGGUGCCUGCGACAGAGGAGAAGGUCUGGAGUGGUCCUCCUUCCCCGAGUGCGGCGCCCCCAGCAGUCUCUGAGCCGCCCAGCAGAGGAAACCUGAGCGCUGUCAGCCUCAACACGAUGGCGGCGUCCCACGGAAAAAAGUUCACUCGAGGAGUUCCCAGAACACCGCUAGUGCUACCCCGACACAAGUCUGUGGUGGUGUCACUCCACGAGUCAGAUGACAGCGACUCGGACUUGGACGCCUGCAGUUCCACGCAGAGCGUGAUUGGCGGUCUGGAGUUCAUGAUCAAAGAAGCGCGCAGGACCGCGGAGGCAACCAAACCUAAAGGUGCAUCGGGAUCGGAGAAGGAGAACAACCCACUACGAACGCCAGAAGCCUUACCCGAAGCAAAGAAGGCAGAGUACCGCCUCCUCAGGGAGGAACUCGCCAGCAGGGAGAGGCAGAGGGUGUCAAAUCAAGCAGCUCGCGCAUUGCCGGCCGCCACCGCUGCCACUGUUGACUUGCUCGAGCAGAAGCUGCAAAAGCAAAGAGAGUUGCUCUUCCGAGACGAGACGCUGCUGAAGAACCUCCAGCAGCAGGAGCUCAAGAAGACAGAGUCCCUAAAGACGGCCGAAUCCAAGGUGUUGCGGCUGAGGGAGCAGAUCCAGGCAUCCGAGAAAAUCGUGCUGGCCAAUAAGACGCUGCUCAAGAAGCUUCAGGAGCAGGUGCGACGUGUGGAGCACCGUGUGUCCAUCAAGAAGACUGUGGCGGCCCGCUUGGAGCAGGACCUACUUCGGGCUCAGCAGGUCGCAGGAAGAGAACCAAAACGCAAAGCCAGCGCUAUCCACAAGCCGCCAAGGAAACUGCAGCGGGUCGAUGGCACCAAUAUUGGCCGGGAACGUCACUUUGCAGAUCUGAUUGCUCAGAAGAAGCUGCUGCAACAACUGGAGUCUAAAUAUGCCCUUAAGAUCCAAGAGCUGAAGGAGGCCCAGGCCCUACGCAACAAAGUAGCACCAUCGGAACCUCCAGCCGAGCUGAGGCCCAAACCCUCUCCUCUUCCCGAGCCAAAGGCAUGUCUGCCAGCUGUCUCCAGCCCACCCCCACCGCCCCAGCCUUCCCUGCACGAUCUCACCCAGGACAAACUAGUUCUAGACAGCGAGGACAGCCCAGAGGCGGACGACCAAGAGACGGCGCCCGUGCCUUCUGCGGUGGCCGCUCACCCCAGACGCCACUCCUUGCGUCAGUCUAUCUCCUCCACCAAACCUAACCUGGAGCAGCCGACCUCUAUGCCCACCAAAGACUGCGGCACCUCCAAGCCCGCUAAGAGCAGCACAACACCCGCCGAUACAUGCGCCGGUCUGGACUUGGAUGCACUGAGGCGCCGGUACCAACAGCAAGGGAGACUGGGUGAGCUCCUCCUAGAGGAGCUGCUCAAAGUAGAAGAUGUAGAACAGCCCAAAGGUGCAAAGGUGCUCACAUUGGACGUGGAUGUAAACAAACCUCCCAGUGGACAACCAAGACCUGUCCCUUUUGGACCUUACCGCAGCCCUCUGCUUGUCUUCAAGUCUUAUAGGUUCAGUCCGUACUACAGGACCAAGGAGAAGUUGUCCCUGAGCUCAGCCACAUACAGCAACGCCAUCCAGCCCAAAAAAUGUUUCUGUCGCUUUGACUUGACCGGAACCUGCAAUGAUGACGACUGUCAAUGGCAGCACGUGAGGAGCUGUACUCUCACAGGAGGUCUGCUCUUCCAGGAUGUGCUCUCCUACAACUUGUCUCUGAUCGGCUGCACUGAAAGCUCCUCUGGCAGUCAAGUCAGCGCCGCCACAGAAAAGUACCUGACCAAACUGUUUGGUCCUAAGAAAGACGGAAUGGGUGUGGACCAGAAGGCCGUCUUUCUGGUCAGCAAAGUUAACGAGAGCCGCCGUCAUGUCCCGCCCUACACUACCUGGAAGGACAAGAGGAAAUGGAGGCCAUCUGCUCAGAGCGAGCGCCCUGUGGAACCUGACGGGGAGGAUGAUGGCGUGGCAGGACACCAGAUGUCUGAAACAUCAGUUUCAGACAUCGGCAGCCUGCCUGGUAGCAUGAGCACAUUGGACACGUGCGUGACGUCUGAGGACAGGCGUUACUUUGUCAGCGACACCGACGACAUCUCCAAGCUGGAGAGCAGCGUGUUGGACAACUCUGGAGACACGCAGCUGUGGAUCAAACUCACAUUCCGAUACCUCCACCAAGACAACGCACCGCCGGCUGAGUGUUUGGAGGCUGCCCUGAAUACGCUGUCUCGCGCUCUGGAAAACAACUGCGAGGACCCCGAAGUGUGGGCACACUACCUGAUGCUCUUCUCCCGCCGCGGCAGCCGCGAGGAAGUGCAGGAAAUGUGCGAAAUGGCUGUGGAACACGCCCCCGAUCGCCGUGUGUGGUGGAACUAUCUGACUUUAGAGAGCUCGUUUGAGGGGAAGGACUACGUGUGCGAGCGUCUGCUGAACUUCCUGCUCGCAGAAGCGCCGGGAGGCGUGUCGAAGGAGCGUUCCUUCCAGUUGUUGGAGGCUCUGCUCUAUCGAGUCCACUUGAACUCAUUCACGGGGCGGCUGGACGCUGCUCUCACCAUCUUCCAGACCGCCUUGAAGUCAGGUCACGACCAAAGCGUCGCCGAUCACCUGAUGGCGAGCGACCGUGCGCUGGCAUGGUUGUGUUACUUUCACCUGAAGGAGUUCCGGCGUCUUCCAUCCAGUCUGUAUGACCCGUUAGAGUCUGGCCCGUCCAGGCUGGUCAGCACCGAGCACUUUCUUUUGCCCUGGCGAACGGCCCAGGACAUCAUCACACCACAUGAGGACCUCAUGACGCUCUUCCGAGAUGCCAUCAGUCAGUGCAAUAACGAGUCGUUGACGCCAAGCGAGAGGACGUUGGCGUGCCUGCCGCUCCAUACCAACUUGCUGCUGCUGCACAGGCUGUUGGACAGGCUGGAGGAGGGCGUGAUCCUGUGCGAGGCGCUGCUGGAGAUGUGUCCCGAGUCAUGCACACUGCGAGACGCUCUGGCCGACCUCCACGUGCGCUCGGGGAAUAGCGACCGCGCCGUUAGCUUGUGGCUACAUGCGCUGGUCGAGUGCCCCAACAACGCGGAGGUCUUCUACCACUGCUGUAGCUUCCUCAUGGCUCAGGACAAGCCGAGCGCGGUUACUCCGCUUUUCCGAGGGUUCGUCCUGUCUUUAUGCGAGGACGAGAGCAGUAACAUGACGCCUGUGGACAUUUUGCGGAACAUCCUCGGCCUUCCAACAGACCACAUGUAUCUUGCUUUCGUCAUCAAAAAGGAUCUGGAAGAGCAGAUAAACCAGCAAAUGUCCUAUCUGCACCUGCUUCACUGUCGCUGGCUGUGGCUGCACGGCUCUGUGGAUGACACGCUGGACGCCUUCGAGCGAGCGCUGGGCUCGGCCGCACGGACCGAGGAGCUUCACUGCCUGUGGAUGGACUACAUGAUGUUCUGCAGCGGCCCCCACUUCCAGUCUCAGGCAGCCGGGCGAUUGUCGGAGCUGGUCCUGCGCUGCCUGAGCACGGUCCCGUCUCGCCUGGAGGUGCCCUUUGACCCUGCUCACUUCUGGACUUGUUAUCGCUUCCACAACAAGGUGGUGUCCUUCUACCUUAGCUGUGUGGACACGUCCCAGCAUGCGCUGGUUCUGGAGAGACUCCAUUACAUGAUGCCCACCAACAUCGCGCUGGCGCUCAGGUGGCUGCAUCAGGAGUGGACUGAAGGAAACCUGGAACACGUGCGCUUCCAGGCCAAGAUGUUGACCAGCAGCGCUCAAAAGUCUUUUGCCUCUUGGAAAAUAGCCAUCGCUGUGGAGGCGGAGCUAAAGCACCCGUCAGAGGUGAGACGUCUUCAUCAGCAAGCGCUCCAGAACCUUCCGCUGUGUGCUGAACUUUGGAAAGAUAUGUUGCAGUCAGAGGCGGCGGGAGCGUGCAGCGGCGAUGCCGUUUCCGAGCGGCUACGCCGGCUGCUGUCAAGGGCUCAAGAGGUCGGCGUGUGUUUAGCUGACGUCAAAGCCGCUGAGUGAAGCGAUGUCUGACGGUGGCGACACUUUGAGUCAAGAAAAAGCUGGCAAUGACAGCAAAUGGGGCGGGGGCCCGCCUCCCCCCGGGACCACAAAGACUCCGCCUCCUCCUCGUGUACGUAAGUAUCGAGCUGCUGAGUGACGUUUGUCUUUGUGUCUGUCACUUUUCAUCCCCUUUUUAGUUUUAUUUUCUCUUUGGGGGGGAGGGCGGAGGGGGCCUGAAGAACGCCAUCUUUUUGUUGUUGUGAAGAAGAAAGCAAGCAAGACUUUUAUUUUGUUAAACUCCUCGGAAACAAAGACACACUGCCAAACGGCAGCCAUCAUAGCGGGAACUGAAAGACGCUAGGACAAGAAGACCUCGUUUGCUAUUUGCUUUGGGGUUUUUUUUUUGUCAUUAAAAGUAUUAAUGGAUCAGGGCAUGUAUUUUUUUACAUGCAAAUACUAUUAAAAAUAUUUUCUCAACAUAAA